AAUUAUUUGUCUUUUUUCCAUUUUUACCUGCUUUCUUCUUCACUAUUAAUGAACUUCUAAACAUCAUCGUAAUCAAUACUCUGUUUUACCCCCCCCACACAAAAAAAGAUUCAUCAAUCCAUAAAAAAAAUUCCAUUUCUACUUAAGAUUGGAAAAACCCAGAUAGGAAUUUCUCAAAAAAGGAAAAAAAAAUUGAAAAAAAAAAGAUUGAAUUUUUAAGGGCAAAGUAAGUACAUGGACUCAAAGUCAUUAAGGUUGAUAACCCAUCAAUCAUUUUUCUCAGCAGUUGGAUCUGGGGACCUUGAGUCUGUCAAAUUCAUCAUAAAGAAUGAUGGGUUGGAUCUAUUUUCUGUGUUGGGUUUACAGAAUGAUGCAGGGGAAACUGCUUUGUAUAUUGCUGCUGCAAAUAAUUUUGAGGAUAUUGUGAGUUAUUUGCUUGGGUUUUGUGAUUUGGAAACUGCUAUGAUUAGGUCUAAAGCUGAUUUUGAUGCAUUUCAUGUUGCUUCAAAAAGUGGACACUUGGGUAUUGUGAGGGAACUUUUGGCCAUGUGGCCUGGACUUUGUAAAGUAUGCAACUCCUCAAAUACAAGCCCUCUUUAUUCAGCUGCCGUCAAGGGACACUUGGAUGUGGUGAAUGCCAUUUUAGAUGCAGACGUGAGCUCCAUACGAAUUGUUAGGAAGAAUGGAAAAACUGCACUGCACACAACUGCUAGGUAUGGCCUUCUGCAUAUUGUAAAAGCACUUAUAGAGCGAGAUCCAGAUAUAAUAUCCAUCAAAGAUAAGAAGGGUCAAACUGCACUUCAUAUGGCUGUUAAGGGUCAGGAUACCUCUGUGGUGGAGGAAAUGUUGGAUACUGACAACUCAAUAUUGAAUGAGCGUGACAAGAAGGGAAACACAGCUUUGCAUAUAGCCACACGGAAAUGUCGUCCCCAGAUUGUAAGCCUUCUGCUCAGUUACACAUCCCUUGAUGUCAAUGCAAUUAAUAAUCAAAAGGAAACUGCAAUGGACUUGGCGGACAAACUGCAGUAUGGAGACUCAGCUUUGUUAAUUAAGGAAGGUCUGACUGAGGCUGGUGCAAAACAUGCCAGAUUUGUGGGUCAAUUUGAUGAAGCAUCAGAACUUAAGAGGACCGUGAGUGACAUUAAACAUGAGGUGCAAUCCCAGCUUAUACAAAAUGAAAAGACCCAAAGGCGUGUUUCUGGCAUUGCCAAAGAACUUAGGAAGAUUCAUAGAGAAGCUGUUCAGAAUACCAUUAACUCUGUGACUGUGGUUGCUGUUUUGUUUGCGUCUAUUGCUUUUCUAGCUAUAUUCAGCUUGCCAGGCCAAUAUGUCGAGACUGGACCUGAAGCAGGAAAGGCCAGAAUUGCUGAGACUGUUGCAUUUCGUGUGUUCUGUCUUCUGAAUGCUACGUCUCUCUUUAUAUCUCUCGCUGUUGUUGUUGUUCAGAUUACUCUGGUUGCCUGGGAUACUAGAGCUCAGAAACAAAUUGUCUCAGUCGUGAACAAGUUGAUGUGGGCAGCCUGCAUUAGUACCUGUGGAGCAUUCCUAGCUGUUGGUUUUGUUGUUGUAGGGAGGAAAAGCUCAUGGAUGGCAAUCACUAUUACUGUGCUUGGUGCACCAAUUCUCAUUGGAACUCUCGUUAGCUUGUGCUACUUUGUUUUCCGACAGCAUUUUGGAAUAUGUGGUAGCGAUUCUCAAAGGCGUAUCAGAAGAGCAAGUGGGAGCAAAUCUUUCUCAUGGUCUUACUCUGCAAAUAUCUCCGAUAUGGAUGACUAUAACUCCGAUGAGAGAAUAUAUGCUUUGUGAGACUGACAUUACUCACUGUUCUAUCAAGUAUAGUCAUCUGCUGUUGAACCCUGUGCAUGUCUCUGAGAAAGUGAAAGUGAUGUUGAGUCGUGAUACCUACACAGACAUCAGGUACUCAUUUUCAACACCUAUAGGUUUCGCGUUGCUUCAGUCCCUCGGAUUGACCAUUUAUACAAGUAGUUUGUUUCUCAAUAAACGCUUUUGUGGCGUGUACCCCUUCGAUGUAUAAUUAUAAUCUGAGGUUUGUAGUUUGUAGUUUGUACAUACUAGUGUAGAACACUUUGAAAUCCCUAUAAAAAGCUUGUAAAGUUGUUGGAUGUAGCAUUGCACAAGAAAGCUACACAAAAAGCCCUCUGAAUAUGUACUUCCUGGCAUGUUUUAUGUCCAUACCUGGGAGCCUCGUUCGCCUUUGGUACUUCAGUUAGAUCUUCUACAUACGAUGAGAGGCACCAGGUACUCAGCGGAAUAAUCGAGAGGUGUGUGUGAGGUGGCAUGUUUCCCUUAACUAUACAUUGUAUGUAAAUGUUUGAAUAGAUUAUAUGUAAAUGCUUUUCGAACUAAUCACUUAUUUUUCUGAUUUUUUUUCCAAAAAAAACAUUGUCCGCAU